AUGUUGGGCCCAUGCCUAGAAACCCUGAAAGACUUCUCCGUAUUUGCGGCGAGUAGUGGCAUGGAGAACGGACAUGUUCUGGCGUGUGAGCCUUUGCCGAAUCUCAGCGAAAUGAAUUGCAGGUCACCUCAGGUUGGAGAGGGUGAUGCAAUUCAGGCGAGCAUUGCUAUGGCAAACGAAGCGGGAGGUCCAGCACCAAACAAGGAAGUAAAGGCAGGAUCCCAGGAUGUUCCAUGGCAGUUCAGCCAGAAUUUGGGCAAUGAUGUGGGCGGUCCAGCUGUACAUUCCGCUUGGGUGCUUCCUGACCUCGUAGAUAGUACGGGUAGCGACGAAGGGAACUUGCAACAUGUUCACCAACGGUUGACUGUAGAAAUAUUGGUCAGUUUCGUGAACUCAACAAAGUAA